AUGAGUUCAUCAUCUCCAGCACUAAAGCCUGAUGUAGCGCUUUCCCUAACUUUAUCACCAUCCCCAACUAAGCCCGCUCGCAUUGAAGCCAUAAAUAAGUCUGAAGAAAGAGGUUUACGUCUGAUUCAACUCCUCUUGAAAUGUGCUAACCACACCUCAUCUGGCAAUCUCCACCGUGCCGAUGCAUGUCUCCUCCACAUAUCACCGCUUGCCUCAGCUACCGGUGAUUCCAUGCAACGGCUAGCGGCCCAGUUUGCUUACGCCUUAGCAAGCCGCCUUGUCAAGCGCUGGCCAGGCCUUUAUAAGGCCCUAGCAAACCGUUCUCUACAACUAUCUAAUCAUGAAAUGGAUCCAUCUUGGGCCUUAUUUUCACAGGCCUUUCCUUACCUUCGCUUUGCCUAUGCCAUCAUAGCCCAAACCUUGGUCCGAGCCAUGUCUGCGGAACGUGUAAUUCACGUCGUGGAUUUGGGCUCCGGCGAUCCCAACUUUUGGGUCCCACUUAUCCAAAGCUUUGCUCUUAUGGCCCAGGCCCGUGAGCCUCCCCAGUUGAAGAUUACUUGUGUAAAUAACAACAAAGUUGUUCUAGAGAAGUUGGGCCUAAGGCUUGUUAAAGAGGCUGAAGGACUGGACAUUCCCUUCCAAUUCAACCCUGUAAAUGUUAGUCUAAAAGAGCUGACCAUAGACAUGCUUAAGGUAAGGUCAGGAGAAGCAUUGGCUUUUGUUUCAAUACUAAAUCUUCACGUCUUAUUGGCAGAGGAUGAUCGAGUGGAUGCACAUUUUGGGCCCAACAAAGGUAACAAAGUUAAGGAUUGUAAGCAAAUGGGACAAUUUUUAGCAAUGGUUCGGUCAAUGUCACCAAAAUUGUUUUUCUUAGUUGAGCAAGAAGCCGAUCAUAACUUAGAUCGUUUAGUGGACAGGUUUCUUGAGGGUUUACACUAUUAUAGUGCCAUGUUUGAUUCAUUGGAUGUUAAUUGUGGGUCACUUUCAUGUGAGGAGAGACUUGCUGUAGAGAAAAUGUUUGGAAGAGAAAUUGUAGAUGUUGUGGCGUGUGAAGGGUUGGAAAGGGAGGAGAGGCAUGAGAGGUAUGCAAGGUGGAUUGUUAGGUUUGUUGGUGCUGGGUUCAAGCCUGCGCACAUGUGGUGUGAUGCUAAGCAGAUUAUUGAGGCCUAUGGUAAGGAUGGUUAUAAAAUUAUGAAUGAUAAAUCUAGUUUGAUGAUCUGUUGGCAUGAACGGCCUCUUUAUGCAGUGUCUGCAUGGAUUAGUUAA